AUGGAUUUGGGGUGGCACAUGGGUUGUAAAGGUAAGGGGGAGAUGGAGAGGUCAUUGCAACGGAGAAGAGACGCCACAAAUGAGGUUUGUGAGGUGAAAAAACCUUUUAUUUCCCUAAUUUUUGCCGCUUAUAUUUUCCCUCCCUCCUUUUUGCCGCUUAUAUUUUCCCUCCCUCGUUCUUGCCGCUUAUAUUUUCCAUCCGACCUUCUCCGUCUUCUCCAAAACAGAGCUAUUUCAUCUUCUUCUCUUUCACAACUCUGUAACCAACCGACCGAGAAGGCCAACCAUCACAUCUCUAACCUCACCAGCACCUCUCUCAAUCCUAUCUCUAACCCUAACACCCAACCUUCCAAUCUUCCUUUUGAUCCUUCAUCUCUCAGGUAUGGAUUUAGUAAAGAAGUGGUUGAAUGUCCUGCAUAUUGGCCUUCAAAAGUUCUGGUUUGUGGGUUCUGGUUCCUCCCUAUUGAAUGGCAGUUUACGUGUAAGAAAUGCAGAGAUAUUUCCGUACAUUAUUCAUCAGCUCAUCAAUAUGCUAAAGAUGACUUGUGUGGCAGUCAUUUAGAAUUGCAAAACUUUAUAAAGACUGCAUCAAUUUUUAUUGGACUCAGUUCUAUUGGAAGCAUGGGUUUCUUAAAAGACCCAUAUGCAUUCAUAUGCAUUUUUCAGACUGUCCUGAGUUCCACAAAUUACAGAUUUAUUCUAUUUACAGCAGGAUAUGAACCCUUAGAGUCAAUUGUUCGUAGCAUUUCUACCACCGAAGCAUCAUUUGAGCUGAAAAAUUGCAGCGACGAUUGUGUUCCUCUUUGUAAUGGGCGACUCUUGUGUUUUUUUGGAUCGAGAGUAGACAAUUUCAAUACCUGAGAAACUUGUUUUUUUUUUAAAUACAAGCAUCACCUGGUGGGAUAAAGUUUGUUUGUUGUUAAUACUAAAGUAAAGACCAUAAUUCAGUGGCUUGCAGCUUCUCAGGUAAUUUUAUAUUUAUAGCCAUUAUUGUAUCAGGUAAUUUUAGGAAUCCCCUUUUUUUUUUAUAAACAAUACGUUCUUGUUGAAAAUUUUGUGGCAUACAAUUCAUGAUUUAAUUAGUUUUUGUAUUUGAUUUCUUUCUCUUUUCUGGAUGAUCAAUGUGAUUGAAGUAUUGAAAUUUUGAUAGCCGAAGGAUCAUCAUAUUGACCAAAAUAUAAGGUUGUGAUUAAUUAUGCUAACUAUUUGUUGUUGAUACAUGCUAACCAUUGCUCCCCUCUCUCAUAAAAGAGAGGGCCUCACAGUGGGUUCCAGUGAUAUGGGAAACUCUUUUCUUAUUAGAUUAUGUGGCUAUUUUGACUUUUGUUUAUUAUCUAGGCACUUACUUUUGUUUCACUUUUUAUCUUAUGUUUUUUUUAGUGUAUGACAAGUUUGUUAUUAUUGAUAUGUAGUGUUGUGUUCGUGUGGAAUUGGAAUUUGUGUCCCCUGAGAAUGUUGCAAAAAACUGGAGGUAGUCUUUGUAAUAGUACUUUUAUGAGAGAGGGUAGGAUAGGGUAGGGUACGGUUGGGUUCGGUUCGAUUGUGUUAGGUUCGGUUGUGUUGGGUUGGAUUCGGUUUGGUUCAGUUGGGUUCGGUUUUUGGGUUGGGUGUGGUGUGGUGGGGUAGGGGAGGGUGAGGUAGGGUUGGGUUAGGUUAAGUUCGGUUUGGUUGGGUUGGGUUCGUUUCGGGUCUGUUCAGUCAAUUGGGUUUGGUGGGUUGGGUUCAGUUAAAUUGUGUUGGGUUGGGUUCGGUUGGGUUGGGUUGGAUUCGGUCGGGUUUGGUUCAGUUUGGUUUGGUUGGUUUGCUUGAGUUUGGUUGGGUUUGCUUCGGUUAAGUUGGCUAAGGUUUGGUUCAGUUCGGUUCGGUUCGAUUCAAACCUCACCCAACAAACCUCAUUCAGCCCCACCCCACCUAACCAUAGCCAACCCAUCCCAACCCCACCCCAAUCCUAACCUCAACUCAACCUAACCCAACCCCACUUAACAUAACCAUAUUUUUUCGUCUUUCAAAACUAACGACGUUAAAAAUAAGUUGUGGUGGGUAACAGUGGUGUGUCACCUCAUUUUUUUUUUCUAACACUAGUUAAUCUUUCCUAGCUCCUUUCCCCCCCUCUCUCUUUGACUCUACCACAGACACCUCUGGUGCCACCUCGAACACCUCCGUCGUGAUCGCGAGUUGCCCCUUCCUUCCCAUGGUCGUCCCUUAAAGUUGGAUCUUGAUGUCCUUUACAUCCGCCACCGUGAAACUCAGGCUUUGGUUGUCGCGACAAUCUUGGCCAUAAUCGACACCACGGAACACUUGGAAGUAAACACUGCGGUCGUCUUCUGCUUGGUCUCGAAUAGGUCAGAGAGAUCAAAGCCCAAUGACAUGUAGGAGAUGAACUCGAAGGCGUUGAAGAACUUGGGAACCUUGGAAUUGUUAUUAGCCUCUUCCGUAACCGUCUCCUGCUUGUCGACCUGACACUUGUCGGCGACGGAGGACAAUGGAAGGCCUUUGCGGAACCAGGGGAUGCGCGUGAUGUCAGAGACAGACUGAAGUUGGAGAUUUUGAGAUUUUUGUCGUCGUUGUAACAUUAUUUGAAUCAUUGCAAUGAAGUGAAGAUGAUGAAGACACAGAUGAAAUUCCUGAGAAGCAAGAGAUAAAAAGAACAUGAGCAAGAUAAACAAUGUUAUCUCUGGCAAUUCAAUUCUUUUCCACCUACUGUAUUAUUGUAUCUAGUGUGUGUAUAAUAAUUAGGAAAAAUGAAUCUUUAUGUAUGAUCUUCACAAGAUUUUAGUACACUAGAAUAACAAACCUAAUCAUUUGUGCUAUGUGAGCUGUUUCUAAGUCAGGCUCUCAGGGAAUUGUAAUCUUCAGCUUGGUAUGUCCACAAUUUUGAUCAACA